UAUCGUUUCAAAUUGUCCAAGACCCCGAAGGGCCUGCCCCGAAGGGCGAAGAAUGCACUUGCAAAGGGACUUAUAUUCCACGACAAAGUGAGUGUGGGUGGUUGUUCGAGAUGACCGAGCGCCCUGCCAAGCCCACAGGUCAGGAUUGAGAUUGUCAGCAAAACAAACAAUUUCACCUGACCACACACCCGCCCAUCUCUCCCACACACCUACGACCUGUGGCACGACUUUCUCUCACGCUGAUGAUUCCUUCCUCACCUUACAGUCAAGUGAGCUGAGCUUACAUGGCUUGCGAUACUUGUGCCAUUGGCACACACCCCCUAUCACAGCAAGGACUUACUUUCGAGAGCUCACUGGCGAAUCUACGUAUUGUAGAAGCCGUCAGAGCGUGCAUCAACGCCAUAGCUCCUACAAAGGUAAUUGGCCAAGUCCUUAUAGUUGCCAUAGGAGCUGACGUGAUAGCAGGACCCGCGACUUGUAUCGCUACCAUGCGAAACCCGCAUGGGCAACAGUCCACAAGAACUCUCGUGUCUCUGGGAGAAAUGGUGAGAGUAAGCAAGAAAAUCUCUUCUCGCGGCCGAAUCGAGCUUUCACGCGAGACGAACGCUAGGAAGUAUACAUCGAAGAGCUUGGGAAGUGUAGUAGCAGCUACGACAAGAAAAGUUCCAAGGUGGGUCAUCAAUCAGCUUGAUGGACCUCAUUGUGUAUUUGAUGUGUGGCACCUGUUGGAAUAUGUCUUCGGACCACUCCGAGUUAUGGAAAGCGUAGCAGGCACCGUCGAGGAUACUCCUUGCCGUGGGAUGCGGUCGGUAACCGUCGAGUACAUUCUCUUGCAAUGCACCCAGAGCAUUUGGUCCGAGGGUAGUUUGUCUGAGGUGGAGGACUUGCGACCUGAUAUGUCCAGUGAGGGCGGUCAGAAGGCGGGAUAUACCAUGGUAUAUCUGGACAUUGGAAGGCGUGGCUCUGUUGACCCUUAUUGCACCACAGAAGGCGACAUAAUCCACGAACCGUCCGAUAUCAAGGCCUCUAGGGGUCAAUACGCAGUGCUAGUCAAGACUACCUGGACCGUUUGGCAGUCCAGGGACGAAAGAUUUGCAUGUCCAUUGUCAGCCCUGGUAUUGAUCAUAUGGGUGGUUCAAGUUUUCAGAUGAUAGCAGUCUCAGAUUGGCAGUACACUCGGGUUUGCAUGCUCUUUCUCGUGGUUUCACGAUGGAGGCUCUAGCAGUUAAAAGUGUAGCUGUGUUGUGACGCAAAGAGAAGAAGAUAGGAAGAAUAAAUUGAGACUGCCACAGCUGAGCAAGAAGAAAAUAGAGAGCGAGAGCUAGAAUGAGAAUGAGAUAAAAUGUAUACUGCCAAUUCCAAUCACGGCAUUGACAUGCUCAGGCUGUCUGCUAGGCCUACUUUGACGUGCAAAGUGAAGACUUAAGAGUUGAGACUAUAAAUCGAAGGUCAGUUCUGCUAGGACCAUGAUAUACUCAAAGGAUCCGUAGACUGUCGUUAACGAGAGAGGAUGAAGAAAUGAAUGAUGGAGUAGCGUUAACUAAAG